AUGCCAUCGCGGGAAAGCGGUGGGCCCUAUUUGCAUAAUGCUGCUGGAGGGCUCGGGUUUCUCUUGAACCCGAAUGCAGCGGGAGCAGGGAAGCAAUUAUUAAGCUGUAGACAUAUUAAGCCGAGGCCGGGAGAGAGGCUUCCGAUGGAUCUCGACUCCCAACCUCCUUUGCCGCCCGGGCUGCUCGUUACCCGAGGCCUGGACCCCAGGCUGACGGUGAAUCCCAGGGUUGGGAAAAAUCGGUGA